UUGGAGAGUCAUGCAUGAGAACAAUGAACAAUCUGGCAGUGAGUGCAUGGUGGAGAGCAGCAUAUGUAGUUGGUUGAUUGUAGACCAGAGGCAGCUCUGGUAACAGGUGAGUGGAGUUGGCUUGAUGAAGAGGGAGUGGCUGGCAGACAGGUGAGGAGGAGGAGGGGCAGGUGGAAAAGUACUCGGAGCAUGAGAUGACUGAGACUACGGCUCCAGAGAACCAGAGAACUCCAGACAACAGUAAAGAAAGAAACGCACAUGAGAUAUUAAAGGAAGCAGCCUCAAGACAUGACCAAGAAAGUGAAGAAAGGUGGAGGAGGUAAAGGUGGCGGAAAGACGGAGGAGGAGAAGGGUCUGUACCUGCAGCAGAGAGCUCAGGCCGAGGAUGAGAUGGCCAAGAAGAAAGAGGAGAUACUCACUCUGUUCCUGAAGGACAAGUUGCAGAAGGAGGAGAAGAACUCUGCAGUGAACCUGCUGAAGCUGAACGAAGGCUGGAGGACGAUUCUCCGUCAGACUCAACCUGCUGAGCUCCGUAAAGACGCCGUCGUCCUCCGUCAGACAUUUGAGAAGCAGCUGGACGGCAUGGAUGAUGUCAUCAAGCUUCUGGAGGGUGACCUACGGGACACGGAACGUCAGUCGGCUCAGGUGCGGCGUGUUCACCUGCAGCAUGUCGAGCGUCUGUGGGCUCAGCAGGAAAAACGGCUGACAUUUCUGCAGGAGCACUGGGAGAAGAACCUGCAGCACCUGAGCUCCGGGUUCCACUCUGAGAGGAAGCAGAUGCUGGAACACUCUCGGCAGCAGCAAUCUUAUCUGGAACACUCAAGUUUCACUGUGGAGCAGCAACACAAAGAAGUGAUGGAUGAAAUCCACAAACUGUACAGUGAAAGCAUGGCGUCGUACCAGAGAGCUCACGAGGAUCGCGUACAUCACAGAACCAGUUCUGCUCUGGUCCGGGAGGGUGACACGGCGUUGAAAGACAAGACUCGUCAGCACCAGGAGACUCAGCAGCUCCACCGCAGAGAAGCUAAAGACCUGGACGACCUGAUCGUCAAAAACCAGCAGUACAUUCAGAUGACGGAAGAAAGCAGGAAGAAGGUCAAAGGGCUGCAGGACAAAGUCUUUCAGCUCAGGUGGAAGCUGAACACCAGUAAAGCAGAAAAUGAGUCGAUGGAACGAAAUCUGACAGCCGCCAGUAACGAGGUGAACCAAAAGGCUCAUAAGAUUCAGGAUCAGCUGACCUGGGAUCACGCAGGGACGAGGAAACAGCUCGUCAACCUCACCUUGCAGAGCAACGACGCCACCAAGAAACUGCAGGUGGUCAUCGCCAAGGGUGAGAGGGAUUUACGCAUCGCUGAAAUGUGCUGUAAGCUGGAGAGAAAGCUGGAGAACGUCUUCACGUCGUCGCCAUUAGCUGAAGAUGAUCACAGAUCUGUGACGGAGGAGGAAGCAGAAAAGGAGACGUGUGAGUUUGCAGAGUUGCAACAGGUGAUGUGGCGCAUCAACGCCGCUGUGCUGCAUAGAGAGGCUCUGAAAAGAGGCAGAGAGGACCUGAGGACAGAAAACCAGCAGCUAAAGCUUCUACUGCGCCAGCACCUCAGCGACUACAUCCUCGACGGACGACACACCCUGCUCACUGUGCACUGGGCCCCAACCACGACGGUCCCACCGGACACCGACAGACGCCACAACGUCAUCGAGGCCGCUCACGUCGUCAGACACAACAACAUCUGAUAUGGUUCAAAAGAUCAUGUCUGGAAACUGGGGUUACUUAAAAAUACUGUGAUUUUAUUUUAACUCUUUUCUUUGCUGAAAUAUUCAGAAUGAAAAUAAUUUUAUUGUAAAACAUUUGAACAUAAGGUCCAGUUUUUUUCUGGAGCUUUCAGUCGUUUCCCUCAGUCCUCUUCAGUGACAUAACUCACUCAGUUUGCGUAAAAUACAUUUUAAAAUGUUCCAUUUCAUGAGCUGCCCCAAAGUAUGUGGACAGAUGAACAUUACGUAAUAUAUGUUAUUCAUUUGCUGGUUAUUAUUUUGUUUUGAUUAAUUGUUAAAUCUACAAACUCUAAAAAGUGAAAAAGAGAACCAGCCUUGAAAAAAACUUAAAUAUUCUAUUUACUAAAAAAUAAUGAAAACCAAAAGCAGCUAAUUCUCAUAUUUGAGAAGCUGAAACUAUCCUUUUUUUUGCAAUAGAUUUCAACUAUUUUAUAUCAACUUUAAUUGUUUGUAAACUGUCUGAAUUUAGAAAUAGUUUAGAUAACGUUCAGGAUCGUAAUGGUCACUUGCUUUAGCUGGAAUUGGAUCAGACAAAUAGUGUGAUAAUGUGAACUUAGUUGGCCUUUUAUGGACUGGCUUCAUGAAGUUCAUCAGUCUACACUCAGGGAUCCACAAUGACAAAGUGAAAAAAUGUUUUAAGAGAAUUUUUUUAACAAAGUAUUUUUAAAAAUCUAACCUGAAAUUAAUUAUCCUUAAGCUGUCUCGAACUUGACUGGAGUCCACCUGUGGUAAACUGAAUUGAGACCCACAUUUGUGUAUAUCAGGUCCCACACCUCACUCUGUAUGUCAGGGCCAAAAAGUAAUUUAGUCAACAGCAUAUUUUUUCAGUUUACUCAGCUCAGUCCCAAUAACUGUUUGGUUUUAAAAAUGUGUUUUCAUUUUUUUAAGGAUCGUGAAAUAAAAUAGCCCAAUCACAUCAAGAUUAGAAGAAAAUCUAAUUUUUUAAUGUCUGUUUGCUGCUGGGGUUGUAUUUCCUUCUUUUCACAGAAUUCAACAGAAUGUGGAAUUUGCCCAGGGCUGGCCAAACUUUUGCAUACAACUGUAUAUGACAUUGACAUAUUCUUUAUUCUGUUUCAAUAAUAAUGAGGCACAGUGUGGUAUUUCCAACAAGUCAAUAUCACUGUUACAACAAAUAAAUCUGCUCAAAUGUGA